UUAUCCAAAGGGUCCCUGUCAAGAUGGCCCCGCUGCCGUACAACUGAGGGUCUCGACUUCUGGACAGUUUUAGAUUCAGCCCCCGCGGCCAGUCUCCCGCACACACACUGACGACCAGCAACAAAAGAAAACCUGGAACUUCGUAUUUAAACCGCAUGAGCUUCAGUAUAGGACGUGGAGGAGCGUGUGUGGGGCAGCAAGACGUCCGUGGGUGAGGGACGGGCCAGCCUGCUCCGCCCGUGCCGCCCCGCCGCCCGUGACAGCCGCCGCCCGUGCCCCGCCAUGCACUAACAGGGAGGCGGCGCCGUGCCCGGGCUCGUCGCGGCGGGAGGGUUCCUGCCAUGACACGAGGCAGCAGGAGAGCAGCGGCAGGCGCGUGAUCGACCAGCAGACAGCACCCGCCGCCGCCCGCGUCAGUAGGUGAUGAAGCGGGGGAGAGACCAGACGCCGGAGGAGGAGCCGCUCACCAAGCGCAUCAACAACCUGCACCUCGACAACUCCUCACAGAUGCUGAAUCACGUGCUGAAUGGCUCCGCCCUGCCAACUGGUGCGUCUGUCCCGGGCCUCACCCAGGAGAGGCUGCUCAACGGCCUGGCAGCCAGCGCCUCACUCCCAGACUGUGGCCUGGGCCAGGCGAGUGCAAGCCUGCCAGGGCCGAGCCAGGGAGGGGCGCCGCAGGGCAUGCGUGAGCUGGAGGACAUGAUAUCGCAGAGGGAGCUGCCGGAGUCCCUGAGUAUGACCUACCCUGACCUCAACCCCACCAAUAACCACCAGUACUUUGCCUUUAACAAGCUGCUCCACCACCUCCACCUGGAGCGGCUUCGCAGGACAGGCAAGCUUCCCCUCUAAUGCAGUAACACUUGUAGUUUGUUGAAGGUCAGGGAGUAUUUCCCAUUCAUUCAAUGCAAAUGUGAAAGCAAGAGUUCUUGUUCCCAAAUAUGUGAAAGGACAGAGGACAGAGCUCUGUACUAGUUCAAAAUGUAUGGUGGCCCUCUGUGACUGUGUGUCUGUGUUUGUGUGUGUGGUUAGUUGUGUUUGUGUAGUGUGCAAUGCAUAGUUAAGGUCAUGGAUCACUCAGCUGUGUCAGGAGGUGUUCGCAGCGGCUACCGUGAGGGGUCAGCCGUGUGUGUGCUCAAUGGGGCCAAGCCCUGAACUCUGCCAGCCCCUUCAGCUGGGCACAAGCCAUCUCAGUGGGUGAGGCUCAGAGGCCAAGCAGAAUCUCACAACCAGGGAUGUAAAAGCCAAACAUUGUGCAUUGUAAUACUUUUUGUAUCGUAAGUUUUUUAUUGCUCGGAUGUUUGUCCAGAGAGAAUAAAUGCUUGAUAGUCAGUAUGAGUUGGUGGCUCAGCAGUGGGCAGGAGCAAGCCACAGUGUAACACUGAAGUCACUGUUCACCUUUGUUACACUGUGUUGGCAUUGAGGGUGUUUGUGUUAGGGUUGUGGCAGUGCAGGAGCCCCUCAAGGCAGUGCUGCCAAGCCUGGCUCACCACCAGCCUCAUGACUGACCAAAGAAAUGUUGUUAUUUAAGGGCAAUUAUCUUUUUUAUUCACAUUGUUGACACAAAUAAAGGAAAUACCGUUGA